UAACGUUUACAAAUACAAAAUCCAGUUUCCGAAGUUUCGAACGUUUAAAAGUUCGAAACUCGGCUCGUUAGGUGCAAACAAUGUUCCUUUUGUGAGGCUAAGAUUAUACUGUAUACUGCGUUAAAAUGGAAACAGCCGUCGAAGAAUAUCCGCCAGUGAACUGGGGUAAUGAAAAAUUGGAAGAGGCACAGGAUUCGGUCAAUGAAAAUCCAUGGGACGUAGAGUCAUGGGCUAUACUGUUGCGUGAAGCGCAGACUCGAUGGAUCAACGAUGUACGUUCGUUUUUUGAAAAACUUGUUACUACGUUUCCAACUUCUGGUCGAUACUGGAAGUAUUAUAUCGAAAUGGAAAUGCGUGGUCGGAACUUUGAAAAAGUCGAGAAGCUCUUUCAGCGUUGUCUCGUCAAAGUACUUAACAUUGAACUGUGGAAACUUUAUCUAGCUUAUGUUAAAGAAACCAAAGCGCUUUUACCAACUUACAAAGAAAAAAUGGCUCAAGCAUACGAUUUUGCAUUAGAAAAAAUUGGCAUGGAUAUACAUUCACAUAACAUUUGGCAAGAUUAUAUAACGUUUUUAAGUAGUGUUGAAGCAGUUGGCUCAUAUGCUGAAAAUCAAAAAAUAACAGCAAUCAGAAAAGUGUAUCAACGUGGUGUUGUAAAUCCUAUGAUUAACAUUGAAUUGUUAUGGAAAGAAUAUCUGGCUUUUGAACAAAGUAUUAAUAUUAUGAUUGCUGAUAAGAUGAUGAUUGAACGAAGUAGAGAUUAUAUGAAUGCCAGAAGAGUCACCAAAGAGUAUGAAGUAGUUAUAAGAGGACUGAAUAAGAAUUAUCCUAGUGUACCUCCAACUGGUAGCCUAGACGAAAUGAAACAAGUGGAAUUGUGGAAAAAAUACAUUAUUUGGGAAAAAGCAAACCCUUUGAAUACUGAAGACACUGCACUGAUUACAAGACGAGUUAUGUUUGCUUUUGAUCAAGCGCUAUUGUGCAUGACUCAUCAUCCUGACUUUUGGUAUGAAGCUGCUCAGUUUUUAGAUGGAAGUUCUAAAAUUCUCUCAGAAAAAGGAGAUAUAUCAGCAGCUAAACAGUAUAGCGAUGAAGCAGCUAAUGUUUAUGAAAGAGCAAUUGGUACUGUAUUGAAUACAAGUAUGUUAUUACGAUUUGCUUAUGCUGAUUUUGAAGAAGGUCGUAUGAAUUAUGAAAAAGUCCAUAGUAUUUAUAAAAGUUAUUUAGAUAAUGAAAUUACCACUGAUCCAACACUGACAUAUGUACAAUAUAUGAAAUUUGCUCGCCGUGCUGAAGGAAUUAAAUCCGCACGAGCCGUUUUUAAAAAAGCAAGAGAAGACCCUAGAUCUAAGUACCAUGUCUAUGUCUCUGCUGCUUUAAUGGAAUAUUACUGUAGUAAAGAUAAAAACAUUGCUUUUCGUAUUUUUGAGCUUGGAUUAAAAAAGUAUUGCGACAACCCACAGUAUAUUAUUAGUUACAUAGAUUAUCUUUCUCAUCUCAAUGAGGAUAAUAAUACAAGGGUAUUAUUUGAGAGAGUUCUAUCAAACACAAGUCUUGAACCAGAAAAAUCUGUAGAUAUUUGGAAUCGAUUCCUUGAAUUUGAAUCAAAUAUAGGAGAUUUAUCAAGUAUACUGAAAGUAGAAAAACGGCGAUCAGCUGUUUUUGGCAAGCUAGUAGAAUUUGAAGGAAAAGAAACAGCACAACUUGUGGACAGGUAUAGGUUUUUAAACCUAUUUCCAUGUACAAGUCCUGAAUUAAGAUCUAUUGGAUAUAAUGAAGUUACUAAUACAGUAUCUAAAACAAUGCAUAAUUCUACACAAAGAUCUGCUGUUAUUGAUGGAUUAGAUGACUUAGAUAAUCGACCUAAUGAAAAGCGAUUGCCGCUGCCCGAUAUUUCUCAAAUGGUACCUUAUAAACCUAAAUUGAAUGCUUUUCCAGGCGAACAUAUUGUACCAGGAGGAACCUUUCCGCCGCCACCACCUGCUUGCCAGCUAAUGCAAGUAUUACCACCACCUGGUUGUUUCCAUGGUCCAUUUGUAUCUGUAGACAUGCUUAUGGAUAUAUUCCUUAGACUUAUACUUCCUGACAAAGCACCAAUGCCUAAAGCUGAGAAUGGCUGUGAUGUGAAAUUAUUUGACACUGCUAUGUCAGUGCAAUGGGCAAAUGAAGAUACAGCACAUGGUGGCUCCAAUAAGAAAAAACGUAGAAUAGGAGGACUGUCUGGUAAAGGUGAUGACAGCGAUGAAGACAUUAACUUAGUACCACCACCAUUUGAUAUAUAUCGUUCAAGACAACAAAAGCGUGUAUCCAAAUAAAUCAUUUAAAUUAUAUAAUUAGACUACAAAGUAUAAAUACUAUUUUUGAUCCUUGUCUACUGGAAUUAUCAUUUUCAUUUAUUCAUUUUAA